CUGCAGUGCUGCGGAUCCGCACGUAGCGCUGCCUGGGAAAAACGGCCGUUGGAGCGUUUUCCCUCACGGUGCUAGAGCUACAUUUGCUAGUAGUACCCGUCAGCGGCCAUAUGUAAUUUAACCUCAUUCAUUCAUUUUCAGACGCAUUUUGCUUGUUUUUAUUUACACAAACGGUUGGUUUUUAGGGUGGAAAGCUGCGUGUUUGUGUCCGCUCCGUUAUUCUUUUGGACGUUUAUCAGUUUAUGCCUCGGUGACUGUCCGUUGCAGGCUGGGUGGUGACAGCACAGUAACGUUACAAUGAUCGAGCGACCAGAGACUGCGGUUCCCAGCAUCGCUCAGCGGAACCUGGAGGGCUAUGUGGGCUUCGCUAAUCUUCCCAACCAGGUGUAUCGGAAGUCAGUCAAAAGAGGGUUUGAGUUUACGUUAAUGGUUGUAGGUGAAUCUGGUCUCGGGAAAUCGACGCUUAUCAACUCUCUGUUCCUGACUGACCUGUACUCCAAGGACUACCCUGGGCCCUCCCUGCGCAUCAAGAAGACUGUGCAGGUGGAGCAGUCCAAAGUGCUGAUUAAGGAAGGAGGGGUUCAACUGACACUCACCAUUGUCGAUACACCAGGGUUUGGAGAUGCAGUGGACAACAGCAACUGUUGGCAGCCAGUCAUAAAUUACAUUGACAGUAAGUGCGAGGACUUCCUCAAUGCAGAGUCGAGGGUGAACCGCAGAUCCAUGCCAGACAACAGAGUCCACUGCUGCCUAUACUUCAUUGCGCCCUCUGGACACGGUCUGAAGCCGCUGGACAUCGAGUUCAUGAAGAGACUCCAUGACAAGGUCAACGUCAUCCCUCUUAUUGCAAAAGCCGACACUCUGACCCCAGAGGAGUGCCAGCUUUUUAAAAAACAGAUUAUGAAAGAGAUACAGGAGCACAAAAUCAAAAUUUAUGAAUUCCCAGACACGGAGGACGACGAGGACAACAAGCUCAUCCGAAAGAUCAAGGAGAAGAUGCCACUGGCAGUAGUCGGCAGCAACGUGGUAAUCGAGGUGAACGGCAAGAAGGUCAGAGGUCGCCAGUACCCGUGGGGCGUGGCAGAAGAGGGCAUUUUUGUGGAGAAUGGGGAACACUGCGACUUCACUGUGCUGCGCAACAUGCUGAUCAGGACCCAUAUGCAGGAUCUAAAGGAUGUCACCAACAAUGUCCACUAUGAGAAUUACCGCAGUAAGAAGCUUGCUGCCGUCACCUGUAAUGGAGUGGACACUUCCAAAACCAAGGGACAGCUCACUAAGAGUCCCCUGGCACAGAUGGAGGAGGAGCGCAGAGAACACGUCAUGAAAAUGAAAAAGAUGGAGGCCGAAAUGGAGCAAGUCUUCGAAAUGAAGGUUAAGGAGAAGAAGCAGAAACUGAAGGACUCGGAGGCGGAGCUGGAGCGACGCCACGAACAGAUGAAAAGGAACCUGGAGGCGCAAUAUAAAGAGUUGGAGGAGAAAAGACGAGUGUUUGAGGAUGAGAAGGCCAACUGGGAGGCUCAGCAGAGAAUCCUCGAGCAGCAGAAACUGGACGCCUCCAAGACGAUGGAAAAGAACAAGAAGAAAGGAAAAAUCUUCUGAAGAGAGACACGCGACAUGUUCCUUCAGUUUUACACAAACUAAUUGUUUCUUCAUCCCUUGAGAACACAAAUAAACAGAUAUAGCAUUCCACAACAUCCAUCUGUGUUACAUGUAAACAUGCACCACAUGUGACAUGGACACACACACAAACAUCAACACAUGCAAAUGCCCACGCAGCCCACGUGCUAGUCUCUCUGCAGGGUUUCACUCCGUCUGUUGAAACCUUUUCUUUUCAUGGGGAAUGCAUGUUUUUGUGAAAUUAUAUUUUCCUAUAUUUCCUGACAAUGAGGGGAAGGCCGAGUCCCUCUGAGCUACAGUACGGAGUUAACACAUGGCAGGGACCAUGCAUAGCCAUUUAGUACACAUGUAGUAGUUGUAUGUUCUCUAGAUAUUCCAUAGAUCUGCAGAUAGACGUACUAUCCCUCUCCUCGACACUCUUUCUUUUAUUGUUCUCAAAAGUGUAACACAGAUGGAUACGCAUUAUGAUACUCAGUCAUAAAGACCUCAUUGAGGGUGUUAGGAGACGGGAACGUGUAUGUGAGUGAAGGUAACUGAAUCGGGAUUCAGCUGAGGAGAGAGGAGUCAGGAGGGAUCGAGGCCCGGUCACAGCAGAAAGUGGCACAGCAAAAUUAAUCAGUUAGUCUUAGCGAAACAUGUGGAGCUAACCGCUAGUGCUAUUUAAUCACAGCAGCUUUUUGAACUUCUUUCCAUUUUCUCAGUCCUGAGUUUACUCCACGUUUCAUUUCUGGGAUUGUACAUCAUUUCAUUCAGUACAGUUACAGAAGGUGGAAAACAACUCUGAGAAGGAGCUCGCUAAGUGUUAGUUUGCAAAUCCGUUAGCUCAUUCUUUUGAAUAAGACAAUCAGGUCACUAACAACACAUACUUUCUGUAAGCAAACAUGUCCAUUUCAAAAAAACAGAUUUGUAAAGUCGACUCCUUCCCCGUAACUGUUUACAAACCAUUCCUCUUUUAUUUUAUACUCUGACCGAGAAGGUUAAAUAGGAGUGCAUGGUGCAACACAGCUAAUGAGAACGAAAUGCCCUCCCAACCCAAUACACCACUUUGAAUGUUGAUGUGGCCGGGCCUUUAACCAGGAUUUACAGGGCAGUGGCAGGUGUGGUGUGUUUGUGUGUGUGCGUGAGUGUGAGCAGGUGGUGUUUUAUGAAAUGCUGCGUUUGACGUCAUAGAUACUGUCUGAUCUGAGGCAGACAGACAGACGAGGGGGGAGAAGAUACUUGUGUGGAACAGUGUGUUUUCCUGUUUAAAUAGGAAGAUAUUAUGCAAAAGCCUCAUUGGUGUCUACAACUUUACAGGUGACAGUGAUUCCAGAUGUUUUAUAUUGUGAUGUAAGUGAUGGAUGUUGUCAUUGGUCUGAACCCCAAUGUCCAGCUUUUUGGGAGAUUUUCCCACCAAAGGGGCAGAGAUUUUCCUUUGACCUUCCUUUCUCCCCGGACCCUCCACUUCACCUAAUUAUACAUAAAUAAAUGCUUCCACACACAACAAGACAUUACUCCUCUGCUAUUCUCUCAAACAGAAUAUUUUGAGUGCAGGACUUUCAAUUCAAUUUAGAGUUAGAAAGAAGUGAGCUGUGACACAUUCAAAACUUUAAUAUACCUUUCCAAGAGUUAUCAUGUUUUAUUUUCGUAUGAUGAUGAUGAUAUUAAUAAUAGUAUAUGUAAGGUUGAAGAACAAUUCCUUAAAUCCCUUGUAGUUUUCUUAAAUGACUCGUAGGUUAAUCUGUUAUUUCAAGUAUAGUUUUUCAGACUGCCUGCAAACAUAAAUGCUAAAGGUACACAUCGUACCUUCAGCACAGAAAAUCUUACGUAUGGAUUUGUUCAUGAUGGAAAUUGAUAUAUUGUGUACAUACUGGAGGCUGCUCAGUGGCCUUUUUUUUUUUUUCUUGGGUUAAUUUGUUUUUGUUUGUUUUGUUGUUGUUUUUUCAGACUAUUAAUUGCCAGGAUUAACAACAGAACGGGACCUGUUAUGUAAAACCUGUCUUAAGAACCAUGAAUACAUUUCCAUACAUUUAUACACACACAUACUGUAUACAUCUAUGCCAAUGAGUACACCUUCUCAGGACCGCUCUGUUAUGAUAUUUUUUCUCCUUAUGCGCAGAGAAAAGCAGUUCUGUGGUCCGACAAGUUAAAAGAAGGGACUGAUUUUUCUUUGAAAUGCUUGUGAACCACUCACCUUCCAGUAACAACAAGUUGACAUUGACUUAAGUUUAGGUGGAUUUUUUUGUAAUAUUUUCUUCUUUUUUUUAUAUGUACACUGUUUUCUGCUUCUCUCCUUUGUUUUAUUGUGUUCUCUCUCUAACUGUACAUGGUUAAUAUUAAAGUUGACAAAGUUAUGGUUUAACUCCCAAA